GAUUUAUAUUAUUAAGUAUUGUACCAGACAAUCUACAGUUUUUUACAGUUAUUCAAGGAAAACAGGACUUUACAUUCUGAAAGGCAAAGGAUUUAUAGAAAAAAUGAUCUAUGGAUGGUGAAAAAGACUGCAAAUUGUCUUCGUUUAUCUUAUGGGAGGAAAGUUCCCGACAUUACAGUAAUGAUGUCAUCAUAUGCACUGUAAACACCAUAAGUGCUGUCUUCGCUUUCUUUUGUAACCUGGCCAUCAUUGUGACGAUAAAGAAGAAGAACCUGAUUCAGACUCCGCGUGAUAUUCUAAUUGGUAGCCUAACCUUUUUAGACUGCAUAGUUCCAUUAGUAGCUAAGCCCUUAUUCAUAGCAUUGCGCAUGUCACUUCAUGAUGAUCAUGUGACCUGCUCCCGCCUGCAGCAAUUGACGAAAGCUACAGAGUUAGCUGUGAUGUUUGGUUGUGGUUGUUCCCUCACGCAUAUUGUGUUGAUCGCCGGAGAUCGAUACCUUGCCCUACGUAAGCCAAUAAAGUAUCGAAGACCACGCACAAAGAAAGUGGCCAUCACGUUUGCUUGUACAUGCUGGGCAAUCUGGAGCCUCAUUGUCAUUAUUUUUGAUAAAAUCAUUCCAAGACGUUUUGAAAAUUUCUUGAGAAUUUUCAUAGCCACAGUGCUUCUAACUUCGCUCGUGUUUUUAAAGGUAAAAGCCUUUCUGAUCGUCUACCGAUUCAAUCAAACUUUAGUACACGAUAGCAAUUCCCUCAAAGUCGAAGGACUCACUGAAAGGGACAGAAAAGUGCUGAUUGACACAACGUUCAUUUCAAUCACAUUCAUGCUGUUGUUCAUUCCAACAGCUGCUCUGAUUGUCAUUAGACCGGCCGGUAUCUAUGGCAACGUCGUGUUUCCCUGGUCAAUGACUAUAACUCUUCUGAAUUCCUUGAUUAAUCCCAUGAUUCACGUCUGGCGCAACCGCCUUUUGAGAAGAGCGAUGUUAGAUUUGUUGACUACUGAGCACUAAAAAGAAAUUGAAACGUGAU